AUGAUUCUCUCACGGCGCGCGGUGCUCUUCCUCGGCUUCAGCUUCUCCUGCAUCCUCUUCUUCACAGCCCGCCAGCUAUCACGACCAUGGAGUAACUAUCCACAGGCCAUUGGCCUGGGUGAAUACUAUGGCGCCGAUUACUCGGGUCACAACUACACAGGAGCCUUCAACUUCACCAGCCAUGGCAGUAAAAGCCUAUACGCCCCCCAGCCCAAUUUCACCCCUGGCAUCCCCAAACCUCCCGGUUCCUCAUACACAAAGACGUUGGUUGUGCCUAGAACCAAGAAGGAGGACACAAGUUGGAUCGCGAAGGAGUUGCCGGACUGGGGGACGGCCAUUUAUGUCGCGGAUGACCCGAAAGCGCCCCUCCAUCCACCGAAGAACAAGGGGCACGAGGUGAUGAUAUACUUGUCAUUUAUUAUCGACUUCUACGAUGCCCUACCCGACGUUGCGGUGUUUAUGCACUGGCACCAGAAUGCGUGGCAUAACGAGGAGCUUUUCGGCGGCGACGCGGUGGAGAUUCUCCGGCGGUUGAGUAUGGAGCGGGUCAUCCGUGAAGGGUACAUGAAUACGCGUUGCGGGUUCGGCCCUGGAUGUCCUGCAUGGAUGCACCCCGGUGAGAUGGAAGAAGACGAGUUCAAACAGGAGGAGGUGAUGCUCGCUCGUGCCUGGGGAGAAUUAUUCCCAGACCAGCCCGUUCCCUCGGUCCUUUCUCAGCCGUGCUGCGCGCAAUUCGCCUUAUCCCGGGAUCGCAUUCGCACGAUUCCACACGCGCGGUUCAUCUUCUACCGUGACUGGCUGCUGCAAACGGAUCUAAGCGAUUACAUCGCGGGUCGUAUCUGGGAAUACUUGUGGCAAUAUGUGUUCACGGGCCAGCCGGUUCUCUGCGUGGAAGAGACUGUCUGUCUCUGUGAUGGCUACGGGUUCUGCUUCGGUGGCCCCGAGGAGUACCAAAAAUGGCAGGAUCUGGAUGCUGAAAGGAAAGAUUUGCAACAACAACUAGAUGAUUGGGUGUGGAUGGUGCAAGAAUGGAAUUCAGCAGAGGCCGAGGGAGAACUGGAUGAGACCAUGUUUUCCAAUAUCCCACCUCUUGGCCAGCAAUCCGAUAUUGAGAAGGAGGUCAUUGCGAAGGAAAUACAGGUCGCCGAUACCCUUCAGGCUGCAAUUGAACGUGGCAAGAACCCCAAAUACCGUGCUCUAGAGGCUGGUCGUCCAUGGAAGGAGGGAGACGGCUUCUAG